CAUCUUGGGUGAGUGGCACGAGCUUAUUAGUAUGCAGGGAGAGUUGCUUUCAGGACUGAGCUGCAGGGUUUGAGAGCCGCUCUGGAUGGGCUUGCUAUAUAGUCGUUGUUGUGGAAGCGGCGCAUUUACAGUGCGACAGUCAGCACAUUGAAAAUACCAAUAGGAAUACAAAACAAAGUCACAUUUACUGAUUUAAUUGUAUUGCAUUCAAUUGUAUCCAGGGAACAGCCUCCAACUAUGAGCCCCGAUCGCAGGAACUGCACCUGGCCAGCCCGGGAAGAUCUCAGCCGGCCGACCCGCUGAAGGAUUUAAUCCCUAACUCCGGAUCUCUUCUGGGCUGCUUUGCCCAUUAUUAUCAUUUAAUUAUCAGUUUUGUUUUGUUUUUAUUAUUUAAAAAAAAAAGCCAAAUCCAUUACUCCCCCCAGGAUCAUUAUUCCCUGUUCUCCCAAACACCGUUUCAUUCGGCUUCGGAUUCAGUUUCUUUUUGCUCCUCUGCUUUUUCUACCGGCGCUCCCGGCUGGUUGCUGCUGCUUCUCGGGGCUCCUGCUCCCGCCGCUUAGAUCUCGGCGUCCAGCGGAGGAGCCUCAGCGGCAGUGGGGGGAGGAGUAGGCGGAGCGGGGAGGGCGGCGGCGGCGGCGGCUGGCUAGGGGCCGGAGUCGCCGCUGCCGGCUCCCCGGCAUGGAUGGCCGGGACUUCGCUCCGCCGUCUCAUCUGCUCUCUGAGCGCGGGAGCCUGGGCCACCGCAGCGCCGCCGCGGCCGCCGCCGCCUCGCGCCUAGCCCCGGCAGGCCCGGCAGUCCAGCACCCGGCUCACUUCCCGCCCGGCAAGUACUUCCAGUCGCCGCUGCCCAUGGCCACGCACACAGCCAGCAGCCGCCUAAUGGGGAAUCCUCCAGCUUCUUCUUUCAUGGGCAGUUUCCUCACCAGCAGCCUGGGAUCCACAGCCCCUGCACACCCCAAUGGUCCCACUUCCUCCCCUUCUGAUCAGGCCUAUCGGGGCCCCCACUCCGGGACCUCCCAGAUCUGGUUCUCCCACUCCCAUGAAGCUCCAGGGUACCCCAGAUUUUCGGGGAGCCUGGCAUCUACCUUCCUACCCAUGAGCCACUUAGAUCACCAUGGAAACAGCAACGUUCUCUACGGGCAACACCGUUUCUAUGAAACCCAAAAAGAUAACUUCUAUCUACGCAACCUGCCUGCCCAGCCCACACUUCUGCCCCCCAAUCACAACUUCCCCAGCAUUGCCCGGGCUGCCCCAGGUCACCCCAUUGGCUCUUGCAGCCGAGAUCGGGAGGCCGGCCACCUCCAGAAAGGCCCUAAGGAGUUUGACCGAUUCCUGAUGAACAAGGAACUGGGCAAGGAGAAGGCAGGCAAGGCAGAGGGCAAGGAUCGGCCGGUGGAAGACGAUGUGAAGGAACGGCACAAACUGGUAAUGCCCAUGACUCCUGAAGGACACUGCAAAGAGAGUACCCAUCCUCGAAGUACCUGUGAGAACCGAACCAAGCACCUCAACUCCUGCUUUCUGAGUACCAAGGUACUCAAUGGCGAGGUGGGCAAAGCCGUCCUGGCCAGCUGCACAGGGGGCAUGCUGCCCCGACACGGGGCAGGGGUGGUGCCCAGCCGCUGUGCCAAGGACACAGGACGGCCUGAACGGGAGCGGGAGCUGGGCCACCAUGAGCCAAACCAGCCAUACAGCGAAUGUCUGGAGCGGAGGCAGAUGCUUCACCACUCUGUUUCCUACACGGUGCCCUCCAGCUUGCCGGCUGUGCCACCCCCACUUAGCACCAGCUCUGGGACAUUUCCUUGCUUACAGCUUCACUCCAACCCAGACAUGUUGUGCCCCCUGCAAGACAAAGCCACCCGAGAUCUGAAACUUAGCGGGCCUACCUUUGUGCCUUCUGUAGGGCACCUACCUGACAAGAGCCGGUCGUUCCAGGUGGCAUCCGAGCCGUGCCUGGCAGGAGAGGGGAAGGAUCGGCACCACGAGGUGGGUGCUGACCACCCAGCGUCUUACGGAGCCUCCUACCCCCACCUAAAGGCCGAGGGCAAGGGGGAACGGAGGCUUGGCUUCGAGGCAGCCCUCAACCCGAGGCUGAAGGGAUUGGAGUAUCUCAAUAGCACUGGAUCCGAAGGCCCCUUUCCUAAUCUGCCCCAUGCACCCCCCAAGGGCGGCCUCGAGAAAGGAAGCUACUUUGAGAUGCCCCCUCCCUCUCAGGACUGCUCCCGCCCUGGCCACCAGGACCCCUUGUGUGUGAAAAUCAGCCAAACCUGCUGCACUUUAGACAAGGGUGCCAAAGAGGCCCCAGGCCCCAGUGCCCAAAAGGUUGCUAGGAUACGGCAUCAGCAGCACCUGUUACCUGAGAUGGAACAGACGGGAAAUGGGGCCGAAGCCCAGAGGAAGUCCAUUGAGUUGGCAUCCCUGGGCUACAAUGGGCCCCACCUACCACCAUGGACGGUCCAUGGGGGUCAGGGUCCCCCCAUCUCCAUCAGUGAGGAGAGGAAGGGAUCCUACCUUGACCCCUUCAGCAACAGCCUGCAGCAGGCAGCCCUCAUGUCCCAGGAGCUGCCAGCCCCACCAGAUGAGGUCUCCGCUAUGAAGAACCUGCUUAAAUAUAGCAACCAAGCACUUAUCGUCGGCCAGAAGCCCCCCUUUGUAGGUCUGGGAAAUAUCAAAGCCAGCUGUGUCCAACAGGAAGUGAAGUUCCAGUCAGGCAAGGGUCAAGGGGAGCUAGAGAGGCCUGACUGCGCCCGGAGCCGGGAGCAUGAAGCCCCCCAUAGUGAUGGGGAGGUGAGGCAGCCCCCUGUGGGCAUUGCCGUGGCCGUGGCCCGCCAGAAGGACACUUUGAGCCGCCCAGAGCCUUCCUAUGGCACUAAUUCUAGCCGGCAGGGCCGUGCAAUGCCUGGGUUCAAAGCGGGCCCCAAUCGCUCCAUGCACGUGAUCGAUCUGGAAGCUGAGGAGGAGAGGAGCCGACUCUGUGGUGAUGAACGGCUGGGCCUUACGAGCCGGGAGCUGCUUCUCCAGGAUAACAAAGACCUUGUUGAGUUUGCCCGAAUUCAUCCAUCUAGUAGCUGCCCUGGAGAUGUGACCUCUCACCUCAUGAUUGCUGGAGGAUCAUCUCUGCAAACCAGCCAGCUUGGGGGUGAUCCUACCACCCAUGCUCAUCCAGCUCACCCCCCCUGGCUGCCCCGAACCCGCAGUCCCUCCAUUUGGAUGGGAGGACAUUCCUACGGGCUUGGCCACCCGGCUCUCCACCAGAACCUGCCACCUGGCUUCCCAGCCACCAUGCCCAGCACAAUGCAGUCCAUGUUUCCCCUGUCCCAGGACCCCCCUGCCCAGCUGGUCAUCUUGCCCACCGAGCCUACACCCCAUGCUGCUCCCCAUUCACUUGCUGAUGUCAUGGAUCAGGCUUCAUUGUGGCCACCCAUGUACCCAGGUCGUGGGCCCACCUCCCACAUGCAGCACCCCAGCCAGCUUCCUGUCUAUUCUCGCUCCCAGUUUCUCCGACAGCAAGAACUCUAUGCCCUCCAGCAACAGCAGAGAGCCGCCCAGGCACUAGAAAUGCAGCGGAAAUCCCAGCUUCAGAGAAAGCCUGAAGAUUACCAUGCAGAGUUUGAAGAAGCAGUCCCCGAGAAGACCCUGAAGUCCUCUCAUAAACCAGUUGCCUUAACCCCCCUCUCCAAGGGCGCCUCUUCACCGGCUGCUGCUCCAUGCCCUGCCAAACUUUCACCUUGCUGCCAUUCUCCUGCCCUGCGGCACCCCUCCAAAUGCACCACCCCACUAUCCGCUGCCCCGUGCACUUUACCCCUCUGCCCCACCACCAGUUCUGCUGUGGCACCCCGCUCCCCGGCCACCAGUCCUGGCCCCGCUCAGAAUUCUAAGGGUACUGAAGCUGAGGACAAGAGAGGAGAGGGCCAGCCCCCACAAGAUUAUCCCAAAUCACUAGAACCAGACCUGCCCCCGGGAUACACCUACCCUGCGGUCAGCAUGGGCUACUCGUCCCCCCUGCCCCAUGACAUGCACUCCGCUGAUCCCGCAGACCCUGAAACUAUGCAAACUGUCUCCACCGCAGCGGAGCCCGAGCAGUCCAGGACAUUUCCACCCUCAGAGAGGCCCCACUGUGACCCCGAUGCUCUGGACGAGGCCGGCCUGGCAGGGGGAGCAGGAGGCCAGGUAGAAGGCUCGGAGGCGAGGGCCCUGGAGCUGGAGCACCAGCCACACGCUCACGGGCAUCCGCACCCCAUGGAGCUAGGGCCCCAUGGCGAGGCAGCAGCUCCCAGUGGGUUGGGGGAGCUUCAGGAACUCCCCUAUGGUGUCCUCCUGGAAGGAAGGGGCCUGGAGACAAGGAGCUGCGUAGAUUCUACUCAGGAAGGGACAGAAGAGGAGAGAACUGAGGAGGGGGAUGGCAAAGGGCUGCUGGCGAGGGCUUCCCCCAUGGUCCCUGUGGAGGGAGUGCGAAGUCCUCUGGGAGAGGAAGAGGUGGGAGAGGGGGCUGACCCACAGGAGGAGGAGGAAGAAGAGGGAGAGGAUCAAGAAAGAGAAGAGGAGGAAGAGGAGGAGGAGGAAGAGGCCUGGGACAUGAUUCAGGAGGAAGACCACCUGCCAAAAUCACUGCCAGGUCUGGAUGCCCUGGUAGCAGCCACCAUUGAUUUGGGAGACCUGCCUUCACUGAGCCCACCCAGCACCCCACUACAGCUCCCAAACACCCCUGCCCUUCAGGGUAGCUCAGGAAUUCACGGCAUCGCCCUUCUUAGCGAAUUGGCUGACCUGGAGUUCCAGCGGCAAAAGUGUGAACAAGUCACCGAAGUUGAAGAGGAAGACUUGAUGGACUUCAACCUGCAACAUCUGGCUACACUGGCUGCUGCCUGGUCUCUAGUGGAGGCUGCAAGCCUGGAGACUGGACCUCCUGCAACUGGAGUCCCUGUUUCUGGUCCCUGCUGUUCCACCCUCACACCCCGAAUGCAAAUUCUCCGACGCAAAUACACAUGGACCCCGAAAACCAAACCUGUAUGCCCUCUCAAAGCUGCCAUUGACCAGCUGGGCACGAAGGAAGUGGAAAUGAGGAUGCGGCUGGUAGACCUGCAGAGGCGAUACAAGGAAAAGCAGCGGGAAUUAGCCAAACUGCAGCGCCGGCAUGACCAUGAGAGAGAUGAGCGCUCCAGAAGCCCAGCUCGGCGAGGGCCGGGGCGACCGAGGAAACGAAAGCACUCGGGCAUUCUGCCAACCCUCCGACAGGGCAGCCACCUUCCCAAGUGUGACAGCAAAAAAGUCAAAUCUGUGAAGGCCAGCCUUAGCAUCCUGUGUGCUGAGUUACGAAGUGAAGGGGAACCUAAGAAGAAGAGAAGCAAAUUAGAUAAGGGGGUUUACAGCAGCCUCAACUCCCAGGAGAAGGUUCGGUGCAAAAAGAGUGGAUCCCAGAGCAAAGUGGCCCAGCUGAAGCCGAAGGUCAGGAAUAAAGGUUUGCCAGCUGGCAUCAGCCCCUUCCGGCGGAAAGAGGCCAACCCUGGUGGGCGCAUCCAAAAAAAGCUGUCUCGAGCCAAGAACACCAAGGUGGCCUUGGCAGCCAAGCACCCACAGCCAGACAGCGAUGGCAAGGACAGCCCCAAGUUCGCAGCCAAGCCCACAGCCACAGCAGGGGGAACUGAGGCAGGUGGAAACCAAGAUGGGGAUUAUGACAGUGAGGAUUGUGAGGGACUUCCAGAUGAACCUCCAACCAAGGAUCUAAGCCCUCCCCUCCAUACAGGAGUUAAUCCUACAACAUUGGGCCCCUCCCCAUCUUCAGUGGUGAAAAUGGAAGCAAACCAGAAGGCUAAAAAGAAGAAGGAGAGACAGGGCUUGCUAGGGUCUUGCCGAAUAUCUAGCCCCGAGAGUGAAGUCAAAAUUAAAAGGCGGGCAGUAAAGCCCGGUACUGAGACUCGAAAACUGGAGCGAGCCCCAGUGCGCAGGAGACCCGGAGUCUGCGACGGAGACGGCAAGAAGAAGCUGAAAGCCAAGCCCAAAGACAGCCUGCGUCCAGAGCCCGGGACUACCCCCACCGGGGAUGAUCUCUACAGCCAAGCCCGGGCCUUCUCUGCUCGGGAGGAGGGUGGGAAGCUGGCCAGUGAGCGACUAAAGAAAGCCACGAGGAAGAGCAAAGUGCUACAGUCGGCUCUGAGGCGAAAGAACGGGGCCUUGUCUAUCGCCUUGUCACCCAGAAAUGCCAAGACCAUCUUGAGCAAAGGCAAAAAGCUAGGCAAGGUGAAGAGUAAGGCUGUAAGCAAGCAGGGUAAGGGCCGGGCAGUGAGCCGGCUGCUGGAGAGCUUUGCUGUGGAGGAUGACUUUGAGUUUGAUGAUAACAGUAGCUUCUCAGAGGAAGAGAAUGGCAUGCUGAGUGGAGACCAGGGCAUAGUUCAUGCCCAGUCAUGUACCAUCCACAAGGAAGAUCUCCAGGACGGACUACAUGUGCUCAUCCCCAAGGAGGACAGUCUGCUGUAUGCCGGCAGUGUGAAAACCCUGCAGCCUCCAGACAUCUACAGUAUCGUGAUUGAGGGCGAGAGAGGAAACAGACAAAGAAUCUACUCCCUGGAGCAACUGUUGCAGGAAGCUGUUCUUGACAUCCGGCCCCAAUCAAGUCGCUACCUCCCACCAGGCACCCGGGUCUGUGCCUACUGGAGUCAGAAGUCUCGCUGCCUGUAUCCUGGCAAUGUGGUCCAAGGUGCCUCCAGUGAUGAAGAAGAAGACCUUGAUUCAGUGGUAGUUGAGUUUGAUGAUGGUGACACAGGCCACAUCUCCGUAUCCAAUAUUCGAUUAUUACCUCCAGAUUUCAAGAUCCAAUGCACAGAGCCCUCCCCAGCCCUACUAGUGUCCAGCAGCUGUCGAAGAAACAAGAGAUCUUCCAAUGACGCUCCUCCACCCAGCGAAACGGCCCCCAGUCUGGCUCCUGAGGGACGAGACAUCUCUGAACCCUCAAAGAACUUGGGGAAGAAGGCUGUCAGCAAAGAAAAAGCAGGCAAAGCUGACGUCCUGACUCCAGGGGCCAAGACGCCGGUGGUGGCGGCGGAGCACUUCCUGGGCCGCCGCGGCAGCCCCAUGCUGAGCUGGUCCUCCGUGGCGCAGACCAAGCGGAAGGGCACGGCGGUGUCGGGAGGAGGCGGGGGAGGCAGCAAGAGCGCCGGGGUCCUCCAGAACCUCUUUCAGCUCAAUGGCAGUGCCAAGAAGCUGAGGGCCCGGGAGGCCCUGUUCCCCAUGCACAGCAUGGCCGCCCCAGUCUUUGGCAAUGGCUUUGGGGCGGACUCCUUCAGCAGCAUAGCCAACUCCUACGCCCCCUUCGCAAGCGGGGCAGGGCUGGCCCUGCCUGGGGGGGCCCACAAGCUGCUGCGGGCCAAGAAGGCGGAGCGUCUGGAGGCCGAGAAGAGCGGGCGGCGCAAAGUCGGCGGGGAGUUCCUGGUCAAGCUGGAUCACGAAGGCGUGACCUCCCCCAAGAACAAGAACUGUAAGGCUCUGCUCAUGGGCGACAAAGAUGACGGACCCAAGCUGGGGAGGCCUUUACCCGCCCCGGGCUACGUCCAUCCGGCUUUGGUCAGCAAGGAGAAAAAGGGGCGAGCUCCUGUGCACCCCCUGCCCAUGGGGCUCGCGCUGCGUAAAUACGCAGGCCAGGCCGACUGCGCGCUGCACUGUGACAGCGACUGCCACAGCUCCUACUCCGACGAGGACGAGGAUGGGCUGGCAGGCAACGUCCCCUCUCGGUUUCUCACCCGCCUCUCCGUCUCUUCCUCUUCAUCCGGGUCCUCCACAUCUUCCUCCUCAGGCUCCAUCUCCACAUCCAGCCUCUGCUCCUCGGACAACGAGGACUCCUCCUACAGCUCGGAUGACGAGGACUCCACUUUGCUGCUCCAGACUUGUCUCACCCACCCUGUGCCCGCCCUCCUGGCGCAGCCUGAGGCCCUGCGCUCAAAGGGGGGCAGCCCCCACCCUCACCCCCAGCGCUGCUUCCUCGCCAAAGCCACAGCAGCCAGUGGCAAGACCAAGAUGAAGCGGAAGGAGGCCCUGAGCUUCUCCAAAGCCAAAGAGUUUUCCCGAAGGCAGCGGCUGCCCUCUGUGGAAAAUCGGCCAAAGAUCUCAGCCUUCCUGCCAGCCCGGCAACUGUGGAAGUGGUCCGGGAAUCCCACACAGAGGCGGGGAAUGAAAGGGAAGGCCCGGAAGCUGUUCUACAAGGCCAUUGUUCGGGGGAAGGAGACGCUCUGCAUCGGGGAUUGCGCCGUGUUCUUGUCGGCAGGCCGGCCCAACCUCCCCUACAUCGGUCGCAUCGAGAGCAUGUGGGAGUCCUGGGGCAGCAACAUGGUGGUGAAGGUGAAAUGGUUCUACCACCCAGAGGAGACCAAAUUGGGCAAACGACAAAGUGACGGGAAGAAUGCCCUGUACCAGUCCUGCCAUGAGGACGAAAAUGAUGUUCAGACCAUCUCACACAAGUGCCAGGUUGUGGGGAGGGAACAAUAUGAGCAGAUGACGCGGAGUAAGAAAUACCAGGACCGACAGGACCUCUACUAUCUGGCGGGGACCUAUGACCCCACCACAGGACGCCUAGUGACAGCUGACGGUGUGCCCAUCUUGUGCUGAUCUGGGCAGUACCACUGGAACUCGCCACUGCUUUGCAUGAGGGGGUGCACUGAACAGCUCUCCCCAAACCCCACCCCAGGGCAGUGAGCUUCCUAAUCAUCGGAAACUUGAAAACUUUGUUUCAUCCUCCUCCACCCUGAGCCUCCCCGUACCUACCCCCACCCGCUCAGAUGGCCUCUGCUUCCCGGAGCAGGUUCCUCCCCAGGGAUGAGGAGGAGUGUGGAUUAUGGAAGAGGUGCCAGGCUGUGCCCACUGGCAAUGUCGGGGUCUUCCACCCAGGCCCCAGUCAGGACCCUCCCUGCCUAACGACACAGCUUUAAGGCAGGCCCCACAUGGCACUCCGAAAUGGAGAGUCUGAGUAAAUAUGCAAAACCCAUCACAGCAAGAUUCAGGCUUUUUAAAUUAUUAUUAUUAUUGUUAUUAUUAUUAAUAUUAAUUAUUUUCCCUGGAAAGAGAAAGCUCUUCUGGCUUCAAAAUCCAAUUCCCCAUCUGACUGUGAUCCUACUUAGGCCCCAAGGUCUCUUUCCUGGGACCUGGACUGAGGGCCAUAUUCCCCUCAGUUGAUUAUACACACAGACCCGUGGAUUUCCACCUCUGUUUUUCUCCCCAGCAUUGGCAGUUCACAAGAGAUUAGAAUUCAAGCCAUAUUUUCCCUAGUACCUCUGACUGUCUCCCACCAGGGAAAGCAGAAAUCAGGUGUAUUGUCUAUUUAUUUCUCUAUGUAAAUAUUGUAUUUCUUCGGGGAAGUUUUAUGGAAAAAAAAUUAGAAAAAAAAAGGUUUUGUGAGCGUGUGUGUAUGUAUGUGUGUGUGCGUGUGCGCAUGUGCGUGUGUUGGGAGGGAUUUGGGUUUGGGAAUUUUCUUUGAAAAUGCACUGUUUUUUCUCAGCCUGGCUGAGCUCCAGGACUGGGCUAAUCUGUAAAUAUAGAGGCAGCAUUUGGGUGGGCGGGUAGGGGGUGUUAAGGUCCAGGAGAGCAACUGUGGGCACUCUAGUGAAGUGUUCUUAAUGAGAGAUAUCCCACUUUAAUUCACUAACCUCUUUGUGGAACUGUUUAAAGAUAGAAAUCACGUCAAGGUCUCUUUCCUUUUAUACAUCCUUUACAUACACACACAUACACACACACACACACACACACACACAAUUAGCGGGGUUGGGGAGGGCGGCAUGAGGAUGCCCUCAUAAGAAAAGAUUAUAGAUUAUUCUAAAAAUCAGUAUCAACUGUGUCUCUCAUCCCUUGGGGAUGUAGGAGGUAGGGAUGGGGGACAACAGCCAUAUUUAUCUUACCUCUAUUUAAAAAAAACCCUACAAAACAGGAAAAGUAAAAUGAGGUUAAAAAGUGAGAGAAAGUAAGAGAAGGUCAUCUUUUCAUUUUAUUCAUUCUGUAUAUUGCAAAUUCUUUCCUAGUUCAGUUUUCCCAUGGGUGACUCCAUAUUUCACUGUCCCCACUUCAUGAUCCCCAUAGCCCAGGAAAGACUAGGUACCUGCUGUCUAUCUGGGACAAUAGAGGCGCAGGCCUCCCCCUCCCCUGCCAACUUUAGUGUCCCUUUCUGUUCACUUGUCAAUAUCCACACAAGGAACACCAAAAAAGACCCCUCCACUGGCUUAGGCAGGACUGCAAUCCCCUUCUCAACCUAGCGCCUCAAUUUUAUUUUUCAAGUCAAAAACCCUACAAACAAACAGUGAUGAUGUAUGAAAAUUAUACCUCAGUUCUCAGAAACUCAGGCAGAGAUAGAUCUACCUUUUCCUUCUUUCUAGCUCUCUUAUGAUAGCCCUUCCUCAAUUUCAGAGGAGUAAGGUGGAUUCCCCCCUUUUCAGGUUCCUUCUUUUCAUCCUCAGCCCCCUGUUUGAGCUGUUGCAGCAGGGGAAGCUGGGACAGAUUUGCUUUUUCUGAUGUGCAGAAUAAGAGGAAAAAGGGAGGGAAAACUCCUCUCUAACCUGAUCCUUCAUGUACCCGUCCCAACCGUUGCCCCAGAAUCAUGCCAUAUGACCUUCGUGGCUUUCUUGGGGGGGGGGUGAUGGGGCCACAGGACCACAUGGCUGCUUCUUUCUCUCUCCCCGCCUCCCAUCUCAAGUCAGAUCGAAUGACUUUCCAUGAAAACAUCAGACAAUAAAGAGCAAACCAAAGCAGAGAAAAUGCCCUCCCCAUCACCUUGCCACUUUCUUUCCUCUCGCCACCCCCACUGCCCUCUCCGCCCUCCUGGCCCUUGCUGGUCAGGAAGCCCUCUCUCUGACACCCUGGGAGGGGAUGAUGGAGCCUCUGACCCAGAUGGGGCCCAUGUGGAGGACAAUCAGACAGCUCUCUGGAGCACAUCCUUUUCAGGAGGAAAUCAAGUCCCAUCCCUCCCUUCCAGCCUUCUCCCCUUGGUGCAUGGGCUUUGGGUAUUGAUUGCCUUCUUUGAUGACCUGUUUUUGUUUUUUCCCCGCUGUGGUGGUCUUUUAGUUUUCCUUUUGUUGGUUGGGUGGGUGGAGAUGGAGAUGGAAGUAGAUGCUGUGGGCUGACCAUGAGGUGAUUGGUUGCAUCCUGUGGGCCCCUGGUCUCCCAGAGCCUCCAUCAUGUAGACCAAGCAAGGGCAGUGAGAGCAUUUGCCAAAGAAGGAACGCGAGCCUCCCAGACUGGACCAUUGUUGAGUAUUCAAAUUAUUGUGGCCUUGUUGCAUGGUAUUUCGGUUCUCUCUCUAAGGUUCACUCACCAUGACACCUAAUGCCCUUUCUUGACUUUUUUUCCUUUUGACUUAAAAAUCAGUUCAUCCCUUGGGCCCCAGAGCACUAUGCCCUAGUAUGAAUAGGACAAGAUAAGAAUUUAUUCAUGUAAAGGGUAGCACAAUGACUCCAAAGAUUGAGGCUGUCCAGAACUGUCUGAGAACUGAACAGCAAUAUUCUUGUAGGAAAAAUCAUAGCUAUAGACUGUCAGAACUGGAAGAGAUCUUGGGGACUAUCUAAUCCAAAAAUAUUUGGACCCUUUCCUCUUUAUUUUCUAGUCGAUCAACUGAAUGGGGCCUGAGUUGAAAAUGUGACUUCUUAUGGUUUCAGACCAAUACUACAAACUCCCUGGGCUUCUAUGCCUCCUAAGGUGGCAAUUAUUGAAUGUUUGGACCAGAGAGGAGAAGCAAAGGUGGCUGGGUGAGAGGGCCCAGUUCGGUCCAUCAUCCUUUCCUGCUCUCACCCUUACUGGAACCAUUGGGUUCUAUCACAAAGCAGUUUUCCUAAUUUUAGGAUGAGCCCUCUUAAAGAAAUCCUCCAGUAAGGGCAGGUACCAAAAUAUCUGAAAGGAGUAGAUGUCCUUUAGAACUUCCUGCUAAAGGAGACAUUAAUGAGAUUUCUGCUUGAGGACUCAGGUCUUCCAUCUCACUUAUUCCUGCCUAACCACUGCUGAUCUCCCUCUCUUCACCCCACCUAUGCCCUCUUAGCCUUCCUUUCCUUAAAAGAAUGAGGAAUAAAUCAAUGGGUUUCAAGGAAUCUCUGGUGUUCCAAAAGGCAGCCUGACCCAUGUCUAUGCCUUAUGGCUUCCAAUUUCCAGGCAAUGUGACCCUGGAUCAGAGGACAAUGGCAGAAAGUUUGGGGGAGGAAGGGACUUUUUAUUUAUUUGGGGGUAUCCUCCAGUGCUUCAGUCUUCUGUCUCUUGGCAUGAGUGCAAUAUUUGCUAUGUGGUUUUCUCCUUUGGUCCCUAAAAUCAAAGGCAGCAACCUCCUAGCCCAGGGGCUGAGGGUCCUUCUGAGCUGAGAAAACUGAUUGAACUCCUUUACCCCACACCCCCAUUGAAAGUUCCACUUUCAGUCUGAAAAUAUACAAGGAUACUGAGUGAAGAAAAAGAGAUUAAGUGAUGAGAGAAAGCCAAUGUUGUUGGCUGAAAUUAGAAUCUAAAGCUAUUUUAAGCCCCAAGUACAGAAGAACUGAGAGAGUGAAAGGGGGGAAAAAAACCUUUUUUUGUCCCUCUUGUUGAAGUUUCUUUUCCUCCUUGUGUUGGGUUUUCUGUUGUCUUUCUUUCUUACUUUCUUUUGUAUAAAUAACGUGAAUUCUCCUCCCUUUCUAACCGUGGUUAAAUGUUGUGAAAGCCGGUAUUAUUGUAAAUGUGUAAAGUAUGAUGAUGGUUGGAAUUUUUUUUCAAUGUAAACACUAAAAAUACAAAAAACAAAACAAAGGUUUUAUGAACAGCAAACUCUAUGUAAAGGCAUUUUAGUAUUAAUUUUUUAUUGAUAACUUGGCUUAUGAAUAAAUAUAUGAAACAUU